CAACCCUCACCCACUCUCUCCCUCACUUCCUGCGGCCAGCACCCUCCAAGCAAGAGCAAAGAAUCCUCCAUCAUUCUCCUCCAUUGUUGAAGAGAGCUUUACAAGAAAGAAUACCAAGAAAAGGAGCUAAAGUGCUAAAAGUGUGAAAGGAUUAAGGAACUUGAUAUAAAGUAUCUUUGAGCUUCGCCGGAGUUUCGCCGGAGUUGGUCAAAGUUGGCCGGAGUUGGUCAAAGUUCACCGGAAUUAGUCAAAGUUCAACCGCGGAGCGUAGAACACGCUUAAGCUCACUUAAGUUUCAGGUAGGGAGUAGAGCUUGCUACUACCGCUCGUUGCUUCGGGGAAUUCAAGGAGGAAGGCGUGGUUCGUGCUUCUUCUGUUUCCGUUUUGAAAACAAUUUAAAUAAUGCUCAUGGAUAUUAUUUCGAAUAUUUAUUUGGGGGCUUGUAUGCCAGUGGUUGCCACGUGUGGUUUGAAUAUUUGUAAUUAUGUUUCCGCUGCUUAACUAAAUAUUUUACGUUAUGAUUGUUUAUGGAUGUACUAUGUGUGAAUGGUAUUCAAGACGCCUAGUAUAGUAUGGAUGAGUUGGACUGCGGUUGACUAUUCGUACUGUACGGCGGGUUGUUGACGUGUCCGGUAGGUCCGGGGCGUGACAAUUUAAUUGGUAUCAGAGCCUUAGUCCGUAAACUUCAUAAUGAAGCUUCAAAAUCUCUUUUCAAAAAAUGAAUUUGAAAACCAUGAGCAUAAAAGUUUUUGUACUUAUAGAACUUUUGAUACUUGAGUUGCAAAGUCUCUAAUUGUUAAAAUGGUACCCUUAACAAUUGGUAUGGCGGUGAUUUGAGCCAAAGGAUGUCUUUAAGUACCUAUCCGUCACUUGACAUUGAUACGAGUCUAAUGACUCAUUCUACUUCCUUUCAGAAAUGGAGCCAACCGGAAGGGUCACUAGGAGGAACCCGACGGGCCGUGUACCGGAUGGAUCCGAGCGCGGUAGCCGGGGGUCCACUAGGGGAUCAAGAGGAAGGGGCCGUGGAGGCCAACGUCAAACCGUGAGCGAUGGCCACGUCGACACGGAGAGUGAGACCUAUUGGUCUUAUGAGGACUCAACCUACCGGCCGGAAACUGAGCCGGUUGAGACCCCUUAUGAAGGGGAUGAUGAUGAUGUGAGCGACGAGGAGGAAAGUGGCUCCUUGGCUCGGAUCGAAGCGCUGCUCCAACAAUAUCAUCGGGAGCGCGAGGAAAGGAGGGAACGCCGAAGGCGCCGUGCAGGGCAACCUUCGGGUGGGGCUCCAAGAGGAAGGAGCUAUUGUGAUUCAAGAACCCAUGUGGAAGCGCAUGGGAGUCGAGGUGAUGGAGGUCCAACCAUAAGGAUCUCCAAAUACAUCAAAGAGGCGAGGGACUUGGGGUGCAAACCGUUCGAUGGGACGGGGGACAUCUCGGUGGCCGCGCAAUGGAUCAAGAGGCUGAACGAGGCAGCCCUGGACAUGCAACUCACCCCCGAUUUCAAACUGAGAAUCGCGGUGAGGUUACUUGAAGGGUUGGCAUCCAAGUGGUGGGAUGGAACCAAGGGCAAGUAUGGAGGGAAUGUUACUUGGGAGGAUUUUCGGCAAGAAUUCUUUGCCCAAUACUACUCUGACUUUGAGGUAAAUGCCAAGGUGAGAGAAUACACUCUUCUAACCCAAGGGGGUAACAUGACGGUGAAAGAACUUGAGCACAAGUUCAGGGACCUUGCCGACCACAUACCGGAGUAUGCUUGUGAUGAAAACCGAAUGGUGAAUCACUUUUGGGAGGCCUUGGACUUGGAGAUACGUGAUAGGGCGACUCAAUUGCCCAACAUGACUUUCAGCCAAGUGGUUGCCCAAGGGUUGAAAGGAGAGAAGCAAUGGGAAGAGAGAAAGAAGAGAGACGUCGAUGAGGCGAAGAAGAGGAAGUGGGAGAACCAUGGCCCCCAAGGUUCUAACAAAAAGGGGAACCAUGGGGGAGGUGGAUCGUUCAGAGCACCGGCACCGCCAUCCAAGGGGAACCCGGCCUUCAGCGGGCACAACUCGGGCUCCCAAGCCUCAACGACGCCCAGGUGCAGGAAUUGCAACAGGAGCCACGCCGGUAAGUGUCGUGAUCCACCACGGUGCUUCCAAUGCGGGAGCACAAGGCAUGUUAAACCAAAUUGCCCUCAACUUGGUGGAAACCGAGGGGCGGGAUCAAGCGGCGCCACCACGGCGAGUAGGAGCCGAACCGGGGCACCUCAUGCUAGUACGGGGCAAGGGGGAGCGAGCACGAGCAACGCGCCGUCCGUGAAUCAGGGGAGGUCUCAAGCACGGGUCUAUGCGAUGACCGAGGCCGACGCUCGGGCUAAUCCCGACUCCGUUGCAGUUUCAGGUAGGGAGUAGAGCUUGCUACUACCGCUCGUUGCUUCGGGGAAUUCAAGGAGGAAGGCGUGGUUCGUGCUUCUUCUGUUUCCGUUUUGAAAACAAUUUAAAUAAUGCUCAUGGAUAUUAUUUCGAAUAUUUAUUUGGAGGCUUGUAUGCCAGUGGUUGCCACGUGUGGUUUGAAUAUUUGUAAUUAUGUUUCCGCUGCUUAACUAAAUAUUUUACGUUAUGAUUGUUUAUGGAU